AACAAUCUGUUUGCGGUUUGUGUUAUCUGACCAGUUUCAAAAAUGUAAAUAAACGAAUUUUCUUUCUUUGGUCCUCAUAUUUUAGCUUGUUUAUUUUUCAUGGACUGCGGGAAUAAUGUUUGAAUUGCUGCAAUAUCAAUGAUAAAGGAAACUUAUCUGAAGGAACCACCUGAUUCCAUUUAUAAAAGACCAAAGACAAUGUAUUUGAAAUGAAAGGAAAUAUCUUGACUUCCUGUACGCAAGCUAUGGCACUUAAGACAUCGUCGUGUAGGGUAGGGUGAGAAGAUCAUUCGUCCUUGGAUCACCCUUUGUUAUAAAAUAACAAUAACGAGGGUUUCUUUUCACAUAAACUCCACGGAAUAAUCAGAAAUACUACGUUAAUGACGUUCUCAAAGUUUCAUAUCGUAAAAGGAUGACUUUCCUGGCUCAUAACGGAAAUACACCUGGCCAUUGCCUGUACCUACCCCGGAAAGGAGAGAUAUCUAAACCUGUCGCAAGCUUGGUAACCAAUCAGCUUCCGAUAUCUCGCCAUUCAGAACAUUAUUUUAUACUAGCAGAAAUUUUAUUUGAUACCUCUCGCUCUUAUUUCCCGUGUUUCUGUAUGAAUAGUUUUGUUUGAAGUGGCAAAAUUUUCUCUAAAGUUUACAAGAGAUUCAAAGAAGAGUUUUAAGUUAGACAAACCAGAAAAAUCGCCUUCGUAGCAUGAGCGACAAUGAAAAUGGUCUGUCGAUAUCGUCGGCCAGUUCUAGACGAGCGUCGAGUGAAAGUUUGGAGGACAGUAUUCGUAAAAUUCUGAAUACAAGUGAUGGACGGGUCACCGGCUUCCUUGAGAGCCCUGAUCUGUCGCUAACAUGUAAGCAACUGGGACUUGAGGACAACGGCGUGAGAGACAUCAUCGCUCAACUAGGUUCUGAAAACGAUGGACUUGUUUCACUAGAGCAACUUAGACAGCAAGUGAUAAAAGGAAAUGAGAAAUCAAAGGUGACAGCAAAUAACUCAAGCGACGAAAUGAGCGCCAAGAAACUGAACGACAAGACGAGUGGAAAAGAAAGUUGGGAAAUCGAUAGCGGGGCACAUGAUUUGAACGGCGACCCAACUCUUCAGCAGAUUAUGUCUGUGGCGAAUUCAAAAGGACAGUCUCGGUCGAGCAACUUCUUGGAGUUAGCGAAUACGGUAAGUUAAAUGUUAAGUGUUUACAUAUUAUCAUCCGUAGUUUACUCAGAACGUUUCGACGGUUUUUUU